GCAUGAUGGGAUGUGUAGUAAUAAAUAUGGCGAAGAUUUUUUAUUUGCAGAAAACUCGUGUUCGGUGAUAUUUGCUAAAUAGGAGUGAAAUUAGUAAGCUAUAAUGGUCAAAUCGAAUGGCCAGAUUAAGGAGGGGACGGGAGUGGGAAUCCCAACUAUGGAUCCCAGUAAGACAUAUGUCAACCCUGGGGUGGAAGGACAGAUGGAAAUCUAUGGCUACAGACUGAACAAGAUAAAACGUGCUGUGACAUGGGUGUUCAUCAUACUGACUGUGGGAUUUUUGCGACUUAUAUUCUAUUGGAAGCCUGACUGGUACAUCAAGUGUACACGUGACCCAGUCAGCCUCGCUCAAGCAGAAACAGUCUUGCUAUUGGACCAAUACAAGAGAUGGUUAGUGUCGCAAGUUAGACUGACCACGCAAGAUGGAGAGCCUUUUGACCCUAGGCACCACACUUUAACAAGUAGUCACUACUCCCAGACUAGGGACACUCCAGCAGCCUCUAAUAGUCAACUCGGAGAGGAAAGUUGUCUCAGAUAUUUUGUGAGUAAAAAAGUGAAAUAUUUAUGGGUGAAAAACAAGGCAGCCUUUGAAAGACAACAGGGCCUUGAGAGCAACCAUCCAUGUUCAUACUUCCAUGAGGCAAAGGGUUUAUCACAGAAAGAUAAAGAGAGGAGGAGAGUUAGCUAUGGUUUUAAUUCCAUACGUGUACAUGUUAAACCUAUACUGGUACUUCUAAUAACAGAGAUUUUGAAUCCGUUUUAUGUGUUCCAACUGUUCAGUGUUAUACUCUGGUACUUUGAUGAGUACUAUUACUAUGCCAGUGCCAUCAUUGUCAUGUCUGCCAUCUCUAUAACUGCCACAAUAUACCAGACACGAACAAUGCAGAGGGCGUUGAAGGAGACCAUCCAUAGUGAAGAAAUUGUCGGUGUAUGCCAGGGAAAGAAUGACUUUGCAGAUGUUCCAUCAGAUUUAUUGGUCCCCGGUGAUAUCAUCGAGAUUCCACGCCAGGGCUGUGUCAUGCAGGUUGAUGCCGUUCUCAUCACAGGAAACUGUAUCGUCAAUGAAAGCAUGUUGACAGGGGAAAGUGUUCCAGUCACUAAGACUCCAUUGCCAAACCCUCAGCUAUCUACCAAUAAGGAAGUGAUGUUUAACAUAAAGCAACAUUCAAGACAUGUUCUAUUCUGUGGCACUAAGGUCAUUCAAACACGUUACUAUGGCAGCGAGAAGGUCAAGGCAGUUGUCAUUAGAACAGGUUUCAUGACUUCAAAGGGUGAAUUAGUCCGCUCAAUAAUGUACCCAAAGCCAGUUGAUUUCAAGUUCACACAGGACAGUUACAAGUUUAUAGGUGUCCUAGCCCUCAUAUCUGCCAUUGGAAUGCUUUAUACUCUCAUAAUUAUGGUUCAACGUGGAGAUAGUGCAGGUCAUGUGGUACUGCGUGUCCUAGACUUGGUGACAAUUGUUGUUCCUCCUGCAUUACCAGCUGCCAUGACCAUAGGCAUCGUAUUUGCUCAGUCCAGACUAAAGGACCGCUUGGUCUACUGUAUCAGUCCUAGUAGUAUUAACGUCACUGGCUCAAUAAAUGUUGUAUGUUUUGAUAAAACUGGUACUUUAACUGAGGAUGGCCUUGAUAUGUGGGGAGUUGUACCUACUUAUGGUCAAGAAAGCAACAAUACAUUCCAAGCUCCAGAGCAUGAUCCCUCUCUUUUGCCUAAGGGGCCUUUAUCUGCUGCUAUGGCAACGUGCCAUUCUCUCACUAUAAUAGAGGGUGUUAUAAGUGGAGACCCCUUGGAUUUGAAAAUGUUCGAAUCAACAAAGUGGGAUUUAGAGGAGCCUGGUGAGGAUGCUUCAAAGUUUGAUGUUUUCAGUCCCACUGUCGUACGUCCUAAAACAUCUGACAACAAGAGAAUAUCUGCCAGCUUUGACUCACCAGAUAAUAUACCUUAUGAGAUUGGCAUAGUGCGUCAGUUCACUUUCUCAUCUAGCCUACAACGCAUGUCAGUGAUCACGCGUACGUUGGGCUCCACACACUUUGAUCUCUAUACAAAAGGUGCCCCAGAGAUGGUGGCCUCAUUAUGCAGGCAGGAAACAGUUCCUGUUGACUUCCAUGAUGUAUUAAUGCAAUACACCCAGCAAGGCUACAGGGUGAUAGCUGUUGCUUAUAAACCAUUGCCCAAGAUGUCCCUGGUCAAGGUACAAAGAGCUCAGAGAGAGCAGAUGGAAAAUGAUCUUAUAUUUCUGGGCCUGCUGGUCAUGGAGAACAGACUGAAGCAAGAGACAAGCCCUGUCAUUAGACAACUACGAGAUGCUGAUCUCAGAACUAUUAUGGUUACAGGUGACAAUAUGCUAACUGCCCUGAGUGUAGCAAGAGAUUGUGAAAUGAUCGAUCCCAACGAUAAAGUGAUCCUUGUAACUGUCGUGCCACCUAUUGGGAAACAAAAUGCUCAGAUAGAAUGGACGUAUGCUGAGGAUACCAAGUCCAAAGUGGAAGAGAUCCACACAAAGCAAAUGGAGACCUACUCUCUUGAGAUAGAAGAGGGGAAUGAACACUUCCAUUUUGCUAUCACCGGCAAGUCCUGGGGCUUGAUCCGGCAGUACUACCCUGACAUAAUCCCGAAGUUGGUUGUGCGGGGCACUGUUUUUGCGAGGAUGUCACCAGAACAGAAAUCACAACUUGUAGAAGCCCUGCAGGAGGUUGGGUACUAUGUAGGGAUGUGUGGGGAUGGGGCCAAUGAUUGUGGGGCCUUGAAGACAGCACAUGCAGGCGUGUCACUGUCUGAAGCAGAGGCUUCUGUUGCUUCCCCAUUCACCUCUAAGGAACCUAACAUAACAUGUAUACCUGCUGUCAUCAAGGAAGGGCGAGCUGCGCUAGUGACAUCUUUUGGCAUCUUUAAAUACAUGGCCACAUAUUCUCUGUGUCAGUUCAUAUCAGUUCUUCUACUCUACUGGAUUGGUGCUAACCUGACAGACUUCCAGUUCCUCUACAUUGACCUAGCCUUGUUGACGACACUCAGUAUUACAUAUGGUCGAACAGGAGCAUACCCUAAACUUGUACGAGAGCGUCCUCCUGUGAGUCUGAUCAGUACUGCUCCUAUUAUGUCUCUCUUCAUACAGAUGUCUGCUAUGCUUGCUGUGCAAGUUGGGACAUGGUUCUAUGUUAAGGAACAACCAUGGUUUGAGCCAUUUGUUCCCAAUGAAGACGACGAAUACGCCAGUGAUGAGGAGAAUGCUGUCUUUAUUGUCUCUGCCUUCCAGUACAUUACUCUAGCUAUCAUAUACUCCAAGGGUUCUCCUUAUAGGAAAAGCAUUUUCUCAAAUUACUGGUUCCUGGCAAAUCUGAUAGUUCUAACAGCUGUGACUGUCUGGUUGACAGUGUACCCCCUGCAAUUCAUAAUAGACUUCAUGGAGCUGCAACCGCCACCCUCUAUACCCUUCAGAUUGAUCCUGCUAGGAAUUGCAGUUGCAAACUUCUUCAUAUGCUUCCUUCUUGAGACUUUCCUCAUAGACACUAAUCUCAUCAGGCAGAAAUGCCAGAAUGCAUUACAACGUUGCAUGAACCGUGAUGAUCGCUACCAUUAUGAGGCAGUAGAGGAAGAAAUUGCAGAGCUUCCACAGUGGCCACCUGUUAAAUCCUCUCAGUCAAUUGUGGACCUCCUCCGUAUUGAAAGUUCCCCUGGAGUAGUGGAUGUAGAUGACAUUAGCCCCACUACUGUAUUGACACCUCUCAGUGAUAGCACACAGCUGAUAAGUCCUAAAUCUCCAGAACCAGAUAGUGGUUACAGUGGGACAGCUAGUCUUGUCUCGCCCAAUAGUGGCUCAUCAAACCCCAAUGCAAUACUUCCCGAUCAUCCUGUUGAGGGGAAUGUGGUACCAUUGCUUAGCAGUCAGGAACCCACAGAUUUAGUGGAUACAUACCCAGUCCCUAUUGACAGAACCAUAAGAAAUGAACAAUUACAUCAAAUGAGCAACUUAACAACACAUAACAAUGUACCACUUUUACAGCUAGGGCAUAGUGCUACCCAACUAUGACAUAAGGGAGACUGGUGCUUAAGAACUUAUGGCUUUUUCAUAUUUGCUUAUAAACAAGGCUUAAUUCCUGAAUUCUUACAGUGUUUACAAUUGUGUGUUAAUGAAGGGUUAAUCUCCCUUAAUUGGCUGCCUCUUAAGAGUCACACACAUGAGUUCAUAUUUGUCAGUGGCAUGGGUUACUUUUUUUUAUGAUAUUAUAUUUAUAGUCUAUAAGCUGAGUAUCUUUAUGUACAAAGACUUCUUUUUACAACAGUUUUUGUAUUGUGCAAUUUGUAGGAUCGAUAUUUUGUGUAGUCUUCGAUACUCAUUUUUUCUGUUUUUUAUAUUGUUACCCUAUUAAAGGAAGUAUAUAAAAUACUUGGUCUUGAAGUAAGGACCACUGUCUUUUCACUGGCUAUGUACUGAGAAUCACAGUACAAGUCCAUAUUAGGUUAUUUUCUUUGAGUUUUACAUUACAAAAGUCAUAUCAAGAUUUAUCUAAUGUAGUUCGAUAAGAUUUGGUUUCGUAAGUUUCCAUGUUGUGCUUUUUUUAAAUGAGACAUGUGACCUUUUUGUUGGUUCUACAUAGUGCAUAUGCAAAUUAAAUUACUAUGUAUUUAAUAGCCAUACUUGUAUCUCUUAAUCUGUGGCUAAAAUGUGGACGUUUAAAAUUGAUUUUCUUUGAGAUACUGCUCAUGCAUUCAUUUACUACGUCCUCAAUAUUUGAGAGACAUCAUCACAGUGUGUAACAUUUUGUACAAUGUGUAGUGUCCCCAAGACAAUUAGCUCAAUAAUUGUAAAUAUUAGAAUCCUUAUAUUAAGAAUUUACAUAUUGUGCUUCCACUUUGCCUUGUAUUUUAUUCAUGCUUUUGUACAAUUUGGAUGAUAUUAAUAUAUGAGUAGCUGUAGGGCUGCUGUAGUUAGAUUUUUAUUUCUUAAAAUGUUGAAACAAUGUUCCACAUAUUCUUGCCAAUCGUGGAAGAUAUAGCUUGGAGUGGGAGGUAUUAGCACCAGCCAAGAUAGUUUCAAGCUUAGCUUAAAGAUUUUUUCAGCAUUUAUACAACAAAAUGACACAGCAACUGGCUGAUUUCAAUUUUGGCUAAAAAGUUUUAAAUCCUUAUAAUGACAGCCUCUGAUUUUGGCAUAGGUAUAUGCAUCCAUGUAAAAUGGAUAGAAACCAUAUACAUAUUUAUUGCACUUUAUAAAUGCCACGCUUAUUUUGACUAUAUUUUGUCCAAUUGUAUUAAUUUAUAUAUGUGAAUUCAUGUAGUUCAAAUCAUUAAAACCAGCUGUGGAUUAAUUUAUGAAUUUUAGUCCAAUGUUUUUAAUACAUUGUAUGUGUAUGUUUGUAAUAUGAAGCAAUUUCUAACUACAUGUAUCCAUACACCCCCCCCCCCCUCUAUUUGAGAUCUUUUAAGAGUUCAGCCAUUUUCACUGUGCCAGCAACUGUACUUGAAAAAUGUAAAUGACCUGGUGGCUGUUUAAAACUAUGUUUACAAUUAAUCUCAUGCGUAUGUCCAUCUGAUAGAUUGUUGUACUUAAAUCCUUAAAUCAUGUAGACAGUACACUAAAACAACAGUACAGUGAAAAUAAUUACAAUUAUUAGCUGGUAAUGUUUUAUUCAGACUAAAAUACAGUAUUUUGCAAAUAUCAUACAGGGUGUGCCAAAAAAUAUUACCUUUACUCAAUUAGUGUUCACUCAGAAUGGGAAAUAUUAUUGCCCAUUCUGUAGAAUUUUGUGGUGUGCCUGGUUAUACAGUGAGGCUAUUUCAGUGAAACUACUUUUGGCAACAGUACUUUUCAUUACUUACUUUACAUUUACAGUAUGUUACCUCAAAUAUGACUGCCAUAUGGUUUAGCCCUCAGCGAAGUAGCCUGUUAAAUAUAGCACUGUGACUGUCACUUUACAAUAGCAAUAGCACCACACAUAUUUCCUUUAGCUUAAUUUUAGUCAGAUUUCAGAUUUUUGUUUUUUUGAAAUUUUUCUGAGAUUUAUAUAUAAUAUGAGAAGUAAUGUACACUGUGUCAGUGUUAAUAUGUUUCGUCCAUAAAAGAAAUAAUUCAAUUCAUUUCUGUAAAUUACAAUUGGAAUUAUAUGCAAUAGAAAGAAAUAUAAAACAAUUAUUUAUAAUAAAAUAUUA